AUAAAAGCACAUCCCAACACUGAGAAAUUCAAACUAAUCUUUCCAGUGCUUAUCUACCUUUAGCACGCGAAUAAUCAUGAAGACUUCGGUGGCAGCGCUUCUUUUGUUGGCUUGCGCCGUUUCCGGCCAAACAUGGGGCAACACGGGAGCCUAUAGCGACAUUGCCCGUCAAUUUCAAUCGCAAGACGGAUUUGGCCAGGCCAAGUUUGGCUAUUCUCAUCCAGGUCAAUCGGCUGAGACCCACAGAGAUGCCCGAGGAAACCAAGUAGGCAGCUACGCCUACAUCAACCCGGAAGGCAGAGAGAUCCGCGUCAACUACAUCGCCGAUGAAAACGGUUAUCGCGUUGACAACGACUACACCCAAGAGACCCCUGAAGUUGCUGCUGCUCGCUCUGCUCAUUUGGCCGCUCAUGCCGCUGCCCUAGCCGCUGCCAGAGCUGCUUCACCCAACCAGGAACAGUGGGUAGCUCCGCAGCCGAAGAAAUCCGUCCCGGCCCCGGUGCCUGUCCAACAAAUCGCCUGGACUGCUCCUCCGACUACCAGAUGGAACACUGUUCAAGCCCAGCCAGGCCUUCCCCAGUCUGUUCAAGACACCCCUGAAGUCGCAGCUGCAAAGGCAGAAUUUUUCAAUACUUUCAGAGUCGCUGCUGCCCGUGUUCCCAAGGAGGAGAACGUUGUUGUCCCCGCUAAGAAGUCCUGGACCGCUCCGGUUAACAACUGGGUUGCUCCUGCAGCACAAAAAUCCUGGGUCGCUCCUACACCUACUUGGGCAUCUGCUCAACCAGUCCAGUAUGGCCCGCCCCAGCCAGUGCAAGACACUCCCGAGGUCCAAGCAGCACGAAAUGCUUUCUUCGCUUCAUUCAGAGAGGCAGCUGCUCGCGUUCCCCAACAACAAAACGUUGUCGUCCCUCAGCAAAAAAGCUGGGCUGCACCUCAAGAAAAGAGCUGGGUAGCUCCUCAGCAAAAGAGCUGGUCAGGCAGCUAUCAACCCGUUGUGGUGGACCAGUACGGUCUUCCUCAACAGGUUCAGGAAACACCCGACGUAGCUGCUGCCCGUGCCGAAUUCUUCAGAUCUUUUAACGCAGCCGCCGCAGCCGCCGCCGCCGCCCAGAGAGACACGACUUCUUCAUUCUAAAUAACACAUUUGUAAUAAUAAUAUUUCAAUAUUUUAGUCAUUUAAGCAAUGAACAUUUGUUAUAUAAACACUAAACACUCUUGGUAUCUGCACUCACUGAUCGAGUGUUUCGCAGGCUAUUGUAAAAUUGUAGAAAGAUUGAUUCACCUUUCCAUUAAAACCUUUCCAACUUCGUCACCAAAAAAAUUUUGAAUACAAUCACUAAUUUCCCUA